GAGAGAGAGAGGGUCCUGAAGGAGGAGCGUGUGGCGCGCGAGGCGGAGGAGAGGAGGCGAAGGGAGGAGGAGGCGCAGGUGAUGGCUGAGGAGCAGAGAGCCAGGGACCAGGAGCGGCUCCUGCAGGAGGAGAAGGAGGCGCAGGAGAGAGCCAGGGCCGAGCAGGAGGAGAACAUACGUCUGCAGAAACAGAGAGAGGAGGCCGAGAGCAAGGCCAGGGAGGAGGCAGAGAAUCAACGUGUGGAAAGAGAGAAGCAUUUCCAGAAGGAGGAGCAGGAGAGACUGGAGAGGAAGAAGCGUCUGGAUGAGAUCAUGAAGAGGACACGCAAGUCAGACGCAGCAGGAGAAAAGAAGGAGACCAGGGCCCCGCCAGCCCAGGUAAAUGGCAGCGAGGCUGAGAGCAGAGCCUCUGCAGACUACCAACCCAACUCUGAGCUCAGUCUGGACUACAAGACCUCCCAGGAGCAGAGCGUCCACAGAGACAGCCCUUCAGUGCGUGUGGUCAACGGUGUGCAGCCAAUCAGACACGAGAAUGGCCUCUCCACCAAGGGAGACUCUGCCCACUUCGAAGACAUCAUCCAGCUAGCCAAUCAUGACAACAGCACAAACGGAGGGCGGGACAAGUUGCCUAGUGACAUCCCCACAGAGCCAAUCCUGGCCUUCGAGAAUGAAGAGCCCUUCCUGAAGAAAGGCCCCAUGAAGCCCCAGCAUGUAGCAGAGGUUCUCUGAGGUACCUGGUAGGAACCAGCCCCGCCUCCUCUCCACCCCCAGACCAGCCCUGCGUCCUCUCCAGAACCAGCCCCGCGUCCUCUCCACCCCCAGACCAGCCCUGCGUCCUCUCCACCCCCAGACCAGCCCCGCGUCCUCUCCACCCCCAGACCAGCCCCGCCUCCUCUCCACCCCCAGACCAGCCCCGCCUCCUCUCCACCCCCAGACCAGCCCCGCCUCCUCUCCACCCCCAGACCAGCCCCGCCUCCUCUCCACCCCCAGACCAGCCCCGCCUCCUCUCCACCCCCAGACCAGCCCCGCCUCCUCUCCACCCCCAGACCAGCCCCGCAUC